AUCAUUUGAUUCAACUCUAGAAAUGAGAGUCUGAAUUGCUGGUCGCCGCUCCAUUCAGCUGAUUUGAUCGAUCAAUCAUGCGCAUGCUGUAGGGGCGGGGUGGUGAAGGAAGGGCGCCAUCGCGACGAUGGAAACAAUGCGCCCGACAGAUAGAGUGAGAAUAGUGAGAAAUUGAAGGACAUUUGCUGUGUGGCUGACUUGCUAUUGCGUUGAUUAUGGACCAGGGGCAACGUAGUGUCGAGAAGAACAUGAUUUUUAAGUCUGGUUCCUUCUCUUCUCUUGCUCACCCAGAUUUAGGUGAAGCAUAAGCUGCUACUAUUCACCAUCUAUCCAUGUGGAAGGGUGCUAGCCGGGUGAACGAGAGUUGAGGGAGUCGUGAUACAGACGGACCACCUGCGUCGUGCUGAGCACGAGGAACAAAGCAGGGGAGCAUGGCGAAUUGGAAUUUCGUGGCGGAAUUGCUGAAAAUGGCCGCUGAUUCCAUAGACCUUCUUGCUCGAGCGUUGGAGUGUCUGUACAACAACUUGAGCGCCAACGCAGUUGCUGCGAGAUAGAGCACGCGCGGAAUUCUUUCCGUUCUUUUCCAAGUUGCCUUCAUGACAGUCAAUCGACUGCUGCAGCCAGCUAGCCAGCUGAGGUUGAGAAGAGACCACAAAUUUAAUCACACACGCGCACACCGGAGUCGAAUCGGCGACGAGGGUGAGCAAGUCACUUCCUUCUUCUUCUGAGAUCGUCAUCAGAAAUACAAUUGUACGAUGGAGAUUCAGCCUGUUGUGAAGAAACGCAAUCAAAUUCAAAGGUUGGUUUCUCAGUGCUUGUAAUGAAAUCUCGAGGCAAAGAUCUUUGACUGUACAUGUUGAUGGAGCAGGAGAGGUCACAUUAAACUCUGUACGCACCUCUUUUUCGGUUAGUUUACUCGGUCCGCUGGGAUCUCUUAAAUCUCAGAAGCGACUAUGGUGGGUGGAUGGGAAGGCAUGAGGUUAGAUAGUUGUGAAAUUUGGCAGGGACUUUCGCAAGUUAUGGCCAAGGCUGUUUCCAGAAGGUGGUCGAGGCCUACAUGCCGAAUGCCAAGAAAUGAUUACGAAACUGGACUAGGUCUGUCUUCUGAUGACAAGGCAUUGGGGGCAGUCUUGCUCUGUAAAUAUGUCUUUGACAGCGAUCAUGGAUAAUGCGGAAGACUUCCAGCGUAGAUUAUCAGGCCAUUAGUCCACCAGGAAAAAUAAUGUCUGCAGCAUCACCUAGUCCAAAGGGUGAAGGGCAUCUUCUCAGCUGUAGACUUGUCAGUUGCAGAUAGCAGGUAAAAGUUGUACUUUUAUACACGUACUUUAUCAAAUGUGCAAUAGUAGGUUCCAUGACAUUCUCGGGUGUGAACAAUUUUUGAUACUUCCGAAGUCGUGAUUUAAGGAAAUAUGGGCUUGCAGAGGGUAUGGGAUUGCGGAGGAGGUUGGUUUCAGUUUGUAGGUCGGGAACUCAUUGGAAGAGCUGGAACUGCAUUAAGAGGAAUCAGAAACAAUGGGAGGACGAUAUUGCAAAUGACGGAUGAGAUAUCCUGGUACGAAACUAUGGUAAUAACCUGCAAUAAACUUGAGAUGCAAAAUGUGCGCAAGAUCUUGCUUAUGGGAAGAGCUUCUGGAAUUUUACUGUUUACGCCUUCAUGUCCGAGUAGCAGACCUGAUGGGAAGACAAGAUCAUGUUCCCCCUAAUCGACGCGCUUGGAGGGAUCCUGGUGACCGCAGGAGCUGAAACUUCAGUGAAUGUAAAAGGGACAACAGAGUUUCGAAUUCCCCGGAGAUGAUCUUUCUUCAUCCACAGAGCGAGGUGCGAUGGGUUUAAAGAGGAGACUUGUUUGGAGUUCGGAUCUCUUAAAACAGUUGAGUGCACGAUUGAUGCCAAGGGAAGCCGCAGUGGAAUGUGGAGGUACUGAAAGGAUUUCAAAGAAGCCGGUGCUCAGGUUUUACAAACCCGAAAUUCCAAAUAGAUAUACUCCCAAAGAGUUGGAUUGAAAGUAGCAGGGACUGUAGAAAUUUCGUUGCCAGUUAUAGCAGUACCGAACUGUCUGGUAGUCCAGCUCCUACGACAUGUGGCUGGAGGUUUUUAUGUGUGACUCGGAAGAUUUCGCCCAUUUUUUUCAGCUCAGGUCCUUGAGCUUCUGGAAGAACUUCGAGGGAGGAGUAAAGGACGCAUUCAGCCAUUAUGCAUGAUCUGUAGAACAAACUUCAAAGGUGCCAAUCUUUCAACUAAAGGUGUCCAUCAGGUGAAGGUUAGCUUCAAACUAGAUCAAUUCUGAACAGUACAAAAUCGAGGACUUCGAAAUCACGGAGUCGUCAGUGUAAGGUUGGCAGGCAAACUUAUAUAGUUAAGUUCUGUUACGCUCACCUCUGAGGUCUGCAGUUAUAGAUACAAAAGCAUUAAGUAGACAUUUGUGGCGAGCGAAGGUGGAGUUGAAAACCCCGGAGCCAAGUUCUAUAUCGUAAAUCCUCAACUCGCAGAUCACAAUGUUGUGAGGCCAGACAAGGGCAGUUUUGUAAGAACGAUUCGUCAUUUAGAUGUGUAGCUCAAAACGGUGG